AUGGAUCUCAAUCGGGCAGCUCUACAUGAAUUCGUCAUGCAGCCGGUGUCGCGGGGGAUGGUUGCGCACUUGGCCGAGCAGGCCUCCCAGGUCAUACGCUGCGAACCGCAUGUGACGGCACAACAUGCCCACGGACAGCCGACACCUCCCAGCACACCUCCCAUGGAUGCGACUUUACCACCACUCCCCUCAGUAGAGACGUUCAUUGCUUCCCUGGUUGCUCGAUCACAGGUUCAGGUGCCCACCUUGAUGACCUCGCUGGUCUAUCUGGCCCGACUGCGGUCCCGCUUGCCUCCAGUGGCCAAAGGCAUGCGUUGUACCGUUCAUCGCAUCUUCCUCGCUUCGCUCAUCCUUGCAGCCAAGAACCUGAACGACUCAAGCCCCAAGAACAAGCACUGGGCCCGGUACACGGCCGUCAAGGGCUACGAUGGAUUCGCGUUCCCUCUGCCUGAGGUCAACCUCAUGGAGCGCCAGCUCCUGUUCCUGCUUGACUGGGACACUCGCGUCACUGAAGCCGACCUGCUGCAGCACCUAGAGCCAUUCCUGGCCCCGAUCCGCAGUCGCUACCAGCAGCAGCAGCAGCAGCAGCAGCAACAACAACAGCAGCGCGAAGUGGAGCGUCGCCAGUCCCGAGAGUGGCGUCGCUUCCACUCCUCCACAGAUCUCCUGACUUCCCGCCUGCGCCGUCAGAAAUUGGAUGCUCGUCGACAAGUGGUGGAUUCCGCCUAUCAGCAAUCCGAGCGACGGAUGAUGGCAGCCAGCCCGGCCUCAUCGGUGUCUCUGUCAUCCCUGUCUUCUGCAUCGUCCGUUGCAAGCUCACAGAGCGCCUCUCCCGCCCCGUCGCUGAUUGAUGCUGCGGCCGACCGUUAUCACCCAUACCCGACUGGCCGCCGGCGUCCUACAUCCCGUGGUCGGAUGUCGGGCUCUCCUCCGGGCGUGCAGGAUGUGCCCGGAUUGUCACGAGCCGAUACUGCAGCUUCCUUGAGCUCGCGGGCGUCCAGCCUGUCCUCCAGUUCACGCGCUGUCACUCCUGCGAGUCUCCGGAAUUCCAGCUCGAUCACCAGCUUCGAAGAGGCCGUGUCCGUGCGCGUGGUGGACGGUGGCCGCAGCCCCUCAUCAUAUGUUGGUGACGGGUUGCCACUCGAGGAGUGCCUGCCGCCCGCGCAGCCCAGCAAGAAGAUGCGUCUCGGCUAUUCUGGACACGCAGCUCAUCCCCACGGCCCCGCCCACCCGGUCGCCGCUGGCGGUCAUGGGUUCGUGGCGCGCUUUCUCGCCACAGCCGCAGGGUCGUACAUGGGCGGUCGUCGACACUAA